CUGGGUUUCACUUGUGAGCGAGCGCAAUGGGCCAGAGAUGAGUGUGCUGCUCUGACUGCAGUCUCAUUUUAGAGUGAACCUCGGGGACCUGGCUCUGCCUCCAGGUUGGCAACAUUCAAAUCUCCCUUCACCCAACCCGAAGAUGCCUCCACUUCCCCCGACUGCUCCGCAGCUGCCUCUCCAGCCAGCGUGUCCUGGGCUCACCCGUCUUUAGACACCUGCUGUGUGGAUGAGGGACACACCUGUGGUUGAGUGAGACAACACAACUCAACAGCCUCGAUUUCACCCCAAAAGAGAGAGAGACAGGGAGGAUGGUGGAUUGUCCAGGGUACAGUCUGUCUGGUGUGGCUGCCUCCUUGCUCUUCAUCCUGCUGACUGUGAAGCACCCAGAUGAAUUCAGGGUAGUCGGUCCUGCUCACCCUGUCCUCACCAGAGUCGGGGAAGAUGCCCUGCUAACAUGUCAGCUCCUCCCCAAGAGGACAACGGCGCACAUGGAGGUGAGGUGGUACCGCUCCGACCCCGACACGCCUGUGAUUGCGCACCGGGAUGGAGCCGAGGUGUCGGGGCUACAGAUGGAGGGGUACAGAGGCCGGGCGGAGUGGACAGAGGACAGUACUGACGAGGGGAGUGUGGCUCUGAAGAUUCGCCAGGUCCAGCCGGGCGACGAUGGGCAAUACUGGUGCCGCUUCCAGGAAGGGGACUACUGGAGGGAGGCAAGCGUGCUGCUCAAAGUGGCAGCUCUAGGAUCUUCCCCAAACAUCCACGUGAAGGGACCUGGAGAUGGAGGGGUUCAGCUCGUGUGCACAUCCCAGGGCUGGUUCCCUGCACCCGAGGUCUACUGGGAGGACACCAGGGAAGAAAAGUUGUUGAGUUUCUCUGAGAAUCACGUGCUGGGUGAAGAUGGGCUGUUCUACGUGGAAGACACACUAGUGGUCAGGAAUGACACUUCAGAGACCAUUUGCUGCCUCAUCUACAACCAUGGCCUCAAGGAGGCCAAGGAGGCCACCAUUGCCCUGCCAGAGAAACUCCAGACAGAGCUGGCUUCCUCAAGGGUGAUUGGACCUUCCCAGCCCAUCCUUGUCCAAGUCGGGGAAAACAUAGAAUUAACUUGUCACCUGUCACCUCGAACUGACGCUCAGAGCAUGGAGGUGAGGUGGGUCCGAUCCUACUAUUACCCCGCAGUCCACGUGUAUGUGGACGGGGCCCACUCAGCUGAGGAGCAGAUGGUGGGAUACAGAGGGAGAACUGUGGUGAUGAGUGACGCCAUCCAUGAGGGAAAUCUGACCCUGCGGAUACACGAUGCCAAACCUUCAGAUGAUGGGCAGUACCGGUGCCUUUUUGGAAAAGAUGGUGUCUACCAGGAGGCCCGUGUGGAUGUACAGGUGAUGGCGGUGGGUUCCACCCCACGGAUCACCCAGGAGGUCCUGAAGGAUGGAGGCAUGCAGCUGAGGUGCACAUCGGAUGGGUGGUUCCCACGGCCCCACGUGCAGUGGAGGGGCAGAGACGGAAAGGCAAUACCGUCGUUUUCCGAGGCCUUUCAUCAAGAGAGCGAGGGGCUGUUCCAGGUGGAGACGCUCCUGCUGGUCACAAACAGCUCCGUGGUGAAUGUGACCUGCUCCAUCAGCCUCACUGCGGGCGAGGAGAAAGCUGUGCGGUUUCCUCUCUCAGACUCCAAGAUAGCUUUGCUGUGGAUGGCCCUGCCCAUCCUGGUGCUGCCUCUUGCCAUGGCUGUUGACCUGCUCAAGGUGAAGCACCGUCCGAAAGACCAAAAAACACCACAGCAAUCAGCAAAAACUCAAGAAUGAUGAAAGCCACACGAGGACUUCCCUCUGACAAGAAGCUCUGGUUAAAAAUAUAUAUAUGUGCACCAUGCGAGCCCGGUGCACCCCAUUCCUGAGUGUGCACCAUGCGAGGCCGGUGCACCCCAUUCCUGAGUGUGCACCAUGCGAGGCCGGUGCACCCCACUCCUGAGUGUGCACCAUGUGAGCACGGUGCACCCCAUUCCUGAGUGUGCACCAUGCAAGCCCGGUGCACCCCAUUCCUGAGUGUGCCCCAUGCGAGCCCGGUGCACCCCAUUCCUGAGUGUGCCCCAUUCUUCCUUUCAUCUUUCCCCUCGAUGAGCAGCACUGCCCUGACAGGAAUGGCCUCUCCUGCUGCUGUCCAAAAGGGUUCUUCGUGGGGCAGGACCCACUCCUGUUGCUCACAGUGAGGGACACCUCUCCCGGAGGCAGCCCAUCGCCCAUCGCCACCUUGGUGUCUCACAGUGAUGACAUCUUCUCUCCCUCUGCAUCUUUCUGCUGUCCCUCGCCUGUGCACAGCAGCCUUAUCCCACUGUCUUCUGGACCCAUCGUGAGGAUAUAAGAAGGGGAGCCUAGAUCCGGAGAGAAGUGUCACUCGUCUGAGAUCUGGAUGGGUUUUUCUAGAAACUUCCGAUGCAGAAGCUCCAGGGGGACGAAGCACCCCACCUGUAGGUGGGAGGAGAGGGCGUUUUUUCUUUCUCCACAGAGAAAGGACUAACUGUAAGUCACAGUCCCAGAAGACCCAGCACCUACACUACGAAUCAGAGCAGGGGCUGGAGAAGUAGCUCAGCAUUAAGAGCACUGGCUGUUCUUGCAGAGGACCUGAGUUCUCCUC